GUGUUGCUAUCGCUACAGGAGACGGAUCCCGGGUACUACACCGAUGAAGUGAUCAAAGCACUUGGUACAGGUUUAUUAGGUGCUGGCGUAGGUACUACAGCUGAAACAACUGAGUGGGUGAUGUCUCUCCUACUUAACAACCCAGAAGCAUUGAAGAAGAUGAGGGAUGAGAUUGACGCACAAGUAGGAAAUGAGCGCCUGCUGGAGGAAUCGGAUCUCUCCAAUCUUCCACACCUCCAGUGUGUCAUCACCGAAACUCUUCGGAUGUACCCAACAAGCCCUCUUCUGUUGCCUCAUGAAUCAUCCCAAGAUUGUAGUGUAGGAGGUUUUCAUAUUCCACGUGGAAUGAUGCUACUGGUCAAUGCAUAUGCAGUUCACAGGGACCCCAAGGUGUGGGAGGAGCCUACAAAGUUCAUGCCAGAAAGAUUUGAGGGUGGGAAGGGGGAAGGGAAGUUGAUGCUCCCCUUUGGGAUGGGAAGGAGAAGGUGCCCAGGUGAAGGCCUUGCAAUGAGGGUGGUUGGCCUAGCAUUGGGAACUCUGAUCCAGUGCUUUGAGUGGGAAGGGAUUGGAAAGGAAGAGGUGGACAUGACAACACAAGGCUCGGGUCUAACUUUGGCCAAGGCUAUUCCUCUAGAGGCCAUGUAUCGCCCACGCCAAAGCAUGCUUGAUGCUCUUAAAAAACUCUGAAUCAGUUCUCCACGAUUUGUAUGCUAAGCCGGGAGAAUCUAAUGAGAUCAGUUUCGUAGUAGUUCGACUCUGUAUGUAGCUCCCUCAAUAACUAGUGUUCAGUUUAGCUAGACGCAGAUCUAAUUUGUCAGAUUUCUUCUUUGGAUAAGAUGCAACACAUUUCAUCUGGCAUGCCUAUAGUAAGCCAUGCAGGCUGUCACGCGAAUCAUUUACUAUUAA